AUGGACAUGGUGUCAGAAGAUGACUGUGAGGAGCAGCUGUCAGCUGAGAUGAGCCAGCUGGGCAGUAGUUGGCACAGCAACAGCGACAGCAACAGCGACAGCAACAGCGAGGAGCUGUUAUGUCCCUGUGAAGAUCCCUAUGCCGAGUCAGUGUGUUCAGAUGAUGACAGGAGGAUGAUGGUGAAGAGGAAGGUGCUGAGGCACAGACCCGAUGGAGGGGUGGAGAUCUCCCAUGAGACAGUGUGCUAYGGGCCAGAGAACACUGCUGAGCCGUGGUGCCUGGGGAAAACCAAGACUUUUAUGGAUGACACCUUCUCUGACGGGCACUUGGAGAACAGCAACUCCCUGGCGAAGUACCUGAACUUUGAUGAUGACUGGCUCCUCGAGGACAGCCCCCGCUCUCUCCUUGGGGAUUUUGGGAAUGAGAGGAUGUCCCGCUACUCUGUAGGGGCCCGUCCCAAGGCCUACAUUGUUCCAACGCGUGAUAAGCACCAGAGAACCGACCCAACCGCUGCAUUGAAGAGAUAUAGACGAGAGUGGCAACGAUUCAGCUUUCCCGGGGAGGACCGACACGAGAAAGUGCGCUGGGUCGUACGGCAGCGCAUGCUCAAUCCAGGGAUGCUGCACCAGAAGCAGAAGCGCCCCGCCACCAGCAAGUACGCGGCGCCCAUGACGAAGCAGCGCUCGAUGCCCACGAUGAGGCAGCGCGGGGCCAAGCGACGGGGCAAGCGCAAGGAAGCGACCUUCUGCCUCAUGCCCUGCCCGAACAUCUGCUGCUAG